AUGGUGGAUUGUGAAUUAAAGUGUUCUUCUCGAGGACUGGGUUGGCUAAGACGUAUAUUUCGACGAAUAGAGGAUCGUCGGUUGGAAAGAAAAUUUCAGGCUGGAAUGCGGUAUAGUGAGUAUGCAGUGCAUACUUCUAGCGGAUCAGUACAUGUGUCUGACGUUUUGACAUAUAUGCCUGUUAUUGUUUCACAUAGAUAUGGAGAAAAUAACAAUGCGAAAAAGAAUGUUCAAAAAAUGGAAACUUCUGAAUCUGCAACAGCGUUGGAUACUAAUCAUACUCAAAGGGUUAAAGAUGCGCACAUUUUUAUAGAUAAGGUGUCUGCAGAUCCAUUAUCAUCCCUUUCGAAUGCGAUAGUUGGGUCUGAAACACAUAGUAUUAGUACGGGUUCUCCUAUUGUUUCUUUAAGUGCAGCAUCAACGCCUGCUCGUAUGAGUAAUAACAAAUGCUUUCGAGAUCUAUAUCGUGCAAGUAUAGAUACAAAUGCAAGUAUGCGUGCAUUGGCACCUUCAUCACGACAGUCAAGUAGAAGUUCUUUUUCUAGUGCAUGGACAGCAUCUAAAUUAGGUGUGCUUUUUCUUCCUGAGCCAACAGUUGCCUAUUAA